ACAGCCUGUUACUGAGUUGUCAGCAUGUGUGAAUCCUAAUCUGAAGGCAAAUGUUUUGGCUAACUUGGUAAAAAGUAAUGGCCAAUGAUUUUUUUCUCUCUUCAUCAGCUUGCAUGUUUUCUGUAGCAACAACAAGCUUUUAUGCCUGCAAGCAAGAGAUCUGCCAGGAAUAGGGUUCUGACAUUUUAGUGACUGUAUUACAGAAUAAUACUAAAAUACCACGAUGAUUAGAAGUCCUGAUCUGGACUCCUUUGUCUGCUGUGCUGUAUGUUCUAAAGUAGUACCACCACCACCUUCCAAUGCUACUUUUGAUCGGAUUCGGGAGUAUAAACCUUUCAGAACACGGUAUUAUACUCAUCAUGAUAUACUGGAGAUUGGAGCAGACAUUCAACAAGAACACCGUAAAAAGGAGGAGGCAGAGAUACAAGAGCGCAUUGAAAAAAUGAAAGCUGAACUUUGGUCUCAGGCUGAAAUGCUUAAGGAAGAGGCGGUGGAUAAAGCUCUCAAAGAGGCAGCCGCUAACCACAGUGCGUUUGUACAAGACCUCAAACAAAAACUUGGAGAGGAAUUAAAGGAAGAGGUGAGGAAGGCAAAGGCAGAGAUGAAGCAGUACAUGGAGGAGGAGCAGAAGAAAGAGGCUGAAGCUGCGGAGCAGCGCAUGGCUCACAGACUUCAGUGUGUCCUCAUGGAGUGUGCCCAGGAGAAGAUGCAAGCGGUGGCCGAAGCCAGGGAAGAGGAGAGGGAGAGAGCCCUGCAGGAAGCCGCCACGCAGCACAGAAAGAGUAUGGAGCAGCUCAAGGGAGAAAGUAUGUUAGCUGAGGAGCAAUAUCAGAAGAUUAUAGAGCAAUUAAACAUAGAAAAAUCUCGUGAGAUUAAUACUGCCCUGAGACUUGCAGAAAAAGAGAAUCAAAGUGAGACUGAAAAACAGCUCAGGGAAGCAGAAAUGCUACAUCUUGAUGAGCUGGAAAAAGUGACAAUUGCACGGAAAGCAGCAGAAGGACAGGUAAAAACUCUCACACAAAAACUGGAAAAGAUGACAGACUGGAAGGACAGCCUGGAAAUUGAAAUACAAGAAAUAAGACAAGCUUUUCAAAAGUAUAUUGAUGCCACAUUUCCUAACCUGUCCCCUGGACAAGCAGAUUUUAUUCUGCCAGUCAGAAGAACUUUUGAGCAGAAGACACCCUAGAAGAACCAAAGGAAUGAUGAUGACAAGGAAUACAAGAGAACUGGUGGUACAAGUGUGAGUUUCACGACCAUGUGUAAACAGAACCACAAAUAGGUGAUGCUGAAAAAUAAAUUCAUCUCUGUUCACUGAAUUAUGUGAGCGUGGUUAGAAUGAUACAGAGAAAAAUAAUCACCACUAUAUGAAAUAAUGAAGUGAUGAGCCGUGCUUAGAAAUUAUAAAUUAAUUUUUGUUUUACAAAUGUUCGGGCAGAGGUUGGAACAUG